AUGUGUCACAAAGCAGAGAUCUUGGCGAAUGCGAGAGCAAUGGGUCACGACUGUGUUGAUGGCGAAGAUGGAGAUAUGACAUCGCGCAGCUCAGCAAGUCUGGCCUUUGGCCAAUUGUCCCAAAAGUGUCACAAGACAAGCAUUAUCGCCUUAUCAGCUGGGCUGUCGAAAUUCCAGGAGUACUGGGACGGGGACGUCACGCAGGGCUCCUACGGUAAACAUUGCAGCAGUCCCAACAUUGACAUCAAGCAGCUCACCGAGCAAGCUGUGGAAGAGGCUACUGAAUAA